GGGAGCGGCGGCGGCGAGCCAGGCGGACCCGGCCCGGCCAUGGACGAGCAAGCGGGGCCCGGCGUCUUCUUCAGCAACAAUAACAACAACAACGCCCUCCUGCUGCCGCCGCCGGCGGGCGGGCCGGGGCUGGAGCCGGGCGAGGCGGCGGCGGCGGCGGCGGCGGCGGCGGCAGCAGGAGGAGGCGGCGGAGGAGGGGGAGUCUCAGCCUCUGGAGCCGCCGCGCCGCUUUCGGCGUCCCGGGCUCAAUACAGCGUGCCGGGCAUCCUGCAUUUCCUGCAGCACGAGUGGGGCCGCUUCGAGGCGGAGCGCGCCGAGUGGGAGGCGGAGCGGGCGGAGCUGCAGGCCCAGAUCGCCUUUCUUCAAGGUGAAAGGAAAGGACAGGAAAAUCUCAAGAAGGAUCUAGUGCGAAGAAUCAAGAUGCUGGAAUAUGCGCUCAAACAGGAAAGGGCUAAAUACCACAAAUUAAAAUAUGGCACAGAACUGAAUCAGGGAGAUAUGAAGCCACUGAACUAUGAUUCUGAUGAAGGGAAUGAGACAGAGAUUCAGCCACAACAGAACAGUCAGCUAAUAUGGAAACAAGGACGACAGCUGUUAAGACAGUAUCUACAAGAAGUGGGCUACACCGACACAAUAUUGGAUGUGAAAUCAAAACGAGUGCGAGCUUUAUUGGGCCUCUCAAGUGAUGCUUCAGAAAAAGAAAACAGAAAUCAAGAGCCAAUGGUAAAUGGAACCGAGGGCCAGAUUAAAGAGAACGCAAUGAUCGGGAAACCUGAAUUGACUGACUCUGCCUCUCUGCUAGAGACCUUCAAGUUUCUUGAAAAUGCAGCUGCAGACUUUAGUGAUGAGGAAGAUGAGGAAGAUAUUGAAGGAAGAGAGAAAACAAUCAUUGAUACCGCAACAAUUGUAAGGAAAAGAGUGCUAUCUGACAGCAGUGAAGACAGAGAUACAGAAGAAGCUUUGAAAGAGUUUGACUUUUUGGCUACCUCAGAUGAUGGUGAUGGGGAAUCAAGAAGUUCAGGAGAUGGAACAGACUGGGAAAAGGAAGACCAGUGUCUCAUGCCUGAAGCCUGGAAUGUCGACCAGGGAGUUAUAACCAAACUCAAGGAACAAUACAAAAAGGAGCGCAAGGGGAAAAAGGGGGUGAAGAGAAAAACUACCGAAGAUAUGUUUCAGCCUCAAUCCUAUAUAAAACAGUCAAAACAGGGAUGUGGGAAAAUGAUGGAGCAAAGCACAGGGCCCAACAGGUCAAAGCUGCAAGAUAUGCUUGCAAACUUGAGAGAUGUUGACGAUCUCCCUUCAUUACAGCCAUCUGUUGCACCUUCUUCUAGGCCCAGUAGCUCAAGGCUCAUUGAACACGAGAUAAACAGGACGGAUGAAGUGGAAGCUUUAACAUUCCCUCCGUCCUCAGGGAAAUCUUUCAUUAUGGGAACAGAUGAAGCCCUUGAAAAUGAGCUGGGUCUUGGAGAACUGGCAGGCCUUACUGUAGCAAAUGAGGCAGAUUCGCUGACUUACGAUAUAGCCAACAAUAAGGAUGCAUUGAGAAAGACUUGGAACCCCAAAUUUACGUUAAGAAGUCACUUUGAUGGAAUAAGAGGUCUCGCUUUUCAUCCGGUUGAACCAGUCUUAAUAACAGCUUCAGAGGACCAUACAUUAAAAAUGUGGAAUUUACAAAAAACAGCCCCAGCAAAAAAGAGUGCUUCUCUUGAUGUAGAGCCAAUAUAUACCUUCCGAGCACAUAAUGGACCUGUGCUCUGUGUGGUGAUGAGCAGUAAUGGUGAGCAGUGCUACAGUGGGGGAACGGAUGGCCUCAUCCAUGGCUGGAGCACAACCAACCCCAACAUCGACCCCUAUGACUCUUACGAUCCUUCUGUUCUAAGAGGUGCUUUUGUAGGCCAUACUGAUGCAGUGUGGGGUCUGGUUUACAGUGGAGCUCACCAGCGUUUGCUGUCCUGUUCGGCAGACGGCACUAUACGUUUAUGGAAAGCUACAGAAAUUGCUCCAGCUCUCAAUAUAUUUAAUGAUAAUCAAGAAAUGGGAAUCCCUUCAUCAGUAGACCUUGUGAGCAGUGACCCAAGCCUCAUGGUAGCAUCCUUUAACAGUGGACAUACUAGCAUUUUUAACAUGGAGACACGGCAACGAAUUCUUACCCUGGAGUCCAGUGUGGAUACUACAGUCAGUUCUUCCUGUCAGAUAAACAGAGUCAUCAGCCAUCCAACUCUUCCAAUUAGUAUCACUGCUCAUGAAGACAGACACAUCAAAUUCUACGACAACAAUACAGGAAAACUGAUCCACUCCAUGGUAGCUCACUUAGAUGCAGUUACAAGUUUAGCUGUUGAUCCUAAUGGCUUGUAUUUGAUGUCUGGCAGCCACGACUGCUCGAUUCGCUUGUGGAAUCUUGAAAGCAAGACCUGCAUCCAAGAAUUUACUGCUCAUCGCAAAAAAUUUGAUGAGUCCAUUCAUGAUGUGGCAUUCCACCCAUCCAAAUGUUAUAUUGCCAGUGCAGGAGCAGAUGCUCUGGCUAAAGUGUUUGUAUGACAGAGUGCUUCCCAUUCAAAUUUAGCUUUGUAUAUAUUUAACCAGCUGCACAAAAGAGAAGAGGAGGGCAUGAGUUGUUUUAUCUUGCCCUAUAAUUCAGAGAAUGUUUGUAAGCGUUUAGUUUUGCAGGGUGCUGUUUUCUAAAUUGACGUUUGUUCUGGUUUCUGUGAGCUCAGCUGGUGCUGAGAGCUUGGAAUCUCUCAGUUUCAAAUAGUUUAAAGAAAAAAAAAAAAAAAAGCUUUUAUUUAGAGGGUGUGAAUUUUCGUCCAGGCAGGCCUUGGGUGAAACUAGGUCUACGUAUUCUCUGUUAAUAGAAUGGAGUACUGGAAAGAAGGGGUCUAAUUGCAUCAGGGAGUAGGAAAAGAGGGAAACUUCCUAGGAUGCUUCUCAUUGAGGAAUCUUAAUGUACUCAAAUCACCUGGAAAAAGUGAUUCAAAGUCAGUUCACAUGCUCAUUACUGUAUCAUGUGAGAGGCACUUUGUCGUCCCUUCGAUAUGAAUAAAGUAGAUCUUGUUCAGAGAGCAGUAGUGGAUAGUUAAUCUCAGCCACCUGGCUGCUAGCCUAAGAUAAAUGCAAUUAAAGGAAGGCAAAUUACUAACAUAAAUUAAAAUGCAGUAAAGUUCCUGAUACAUCUUCUGUGUUUCUCAGUAAAUAUUUAGUUUGCAAAAAAAAUAUAAUUUUUUUAAGACUCUAUUAACGUAUGGCUAGAAACUGAGCCUUUAGUCUAAGUCCCAAUUAACAGCAGACUGGCACAGUCUUUGUAUACUGUAGUAGCAAAUUUAACUUAUUCAGAUUUUAAUGCUGUUUAUUUUUGAAGAUCUGGCACAAGAAAUUAUCACAAAGCUUUCCAAAGAAGCUGUCCUACAAUUUUAGCUAUCAAACAUUCAUCUCCUCUUUCUGUUCCUGCUAAAAAGAGUAUCAUUCUGGGCAUUAAGGAUAACAGUGAAAUACUUUGUUUGAAGAUUACAUCUUAUGCUUUGUACGAGUCCUUUAAGUGGAAUAGGUGGGAACUAUACAAAGCUCCAUCAGUUUGAGAGAUUCUGCUACUGCUAGAGGUAUUUCCCAGCUGCACCUUUUGAAGGACUUUUUACCUUGUCCACUUCACUGGGUGUAUGUGCCAUUCAAUGGGUUACCUGAAGUAUGAGUGCUUCUCAUAAUUACUCAGCAGAUGUGCUUUGUUCAUCUAUUCAGAGCUCCUCUGUUGAUUUGACAAAUAACUUUUAAUCCAAUCUGUUAGUCUUUUUAUCCCUUCUUGAAGGAAGGUGCUUGGAUCGUUUUCUGUUAUGUGCCAUCAUCAGAAUUAUUACUAUUCAUAAGCACGAAGUUGAUGUUUUUCUCUGAUGGGAAUGGAAAGCAGAAUUUCUGCUGGGGUUGAUUUCUGGUGCUGAUAUGAGUAGGGAAGAACCCAGUGCAACUCUUCAUAUACCAGCCUUAGGUUAAGACUGGAAACUGAUAAAUAAAUAUUUACCUUUAAACUGACACUUCAUAUGCAGGAGUCAUUGAAAAUAUCAACAUGAGGUUUGACUAUGUUGUUUUUAGAGUGCCAUUUGGGGAUGGGACCACAUUUGAAAUUGAUCUCAGAGUUUAAAACAAGUAUAUUAUUUAGAAUAAAAGGCUGACCUAUGCUGUUUGAGCCUGCAACACAUUAUAUGUACUGCUAAAAUAUCCUGGAAUACCUUUUAUUGUUCAGAAUAUUCACGUGUCACUUCAUGAUAAUGAUAUGCAAUAUAUUUCCUUAGAUAAGAGUAGAACUUUUACCAUGAAACAGAUGACUACAAUAAAAAUACAGAUUAUUUAGUUUUUAUAAAAUGUUUUGGUUAUGAUGAAAAGGAGGAAACUUGGCUGCAAAACUGAGCAUUCAACUUUGUGAGAAUUCUGUGUACUUGACUCAUAUUCUUUCAGUGUCAUUAUUUUAUUUCUUUUUGAAGAGAAAAUUAUAAAGAUUUAUUUGAAAAAUUCUAAAAGUUAUGUAUAUUAUAUAUGUGUAUAUAUAUUGUAAACAUGUAUUAAAUGUGUCUAGUAAGGGAAGACUCCAUGGGUGCAUUUUAAUGUUUUAGUAUUAAGAGUUCUCUUGAGUUUGUGUAUACAAAGGAUAAUGGUGUGAGUAUGAAAUGAAUGUUGUGCUUUUGCUUACACAAUACGAUAUUUAGUCACAGUUGUUUAAAUUGCUGUAUAUAAAAACUAAUAGGCCAGCAUGCUUGUUUUUAAAGACUGUCAUUCUGAUUACAAUUGGAAUGUAAGAAGUGGCUCUUCAAAUGUGAUUUGAAAGAUGUUUCCUUCUCACUAUUGAGCUCUUGCUCAAACCAAAAAGUGAUUUUUUUUAAAAGCUGGCAAUAGCUGGAGGAUGAGGUGCCUUUAAAAAACAAAACAAAACAAAUGUAGCCUUACAAAGAGGUUGUGGAAUAUAUAUAUUUUUGUGCUUGUCUUCAUAAUUUAUGUCAAUGUCUUUUUACUGUACUUCCUCACAUACUUGUAGGACUGCAGGGUAUUGUGCAUGAGCCUGUCAGAUCUUCUGAGCAUCAUCAUAGGAGAUAGGGUUGAAAAAAUUAUUUAGGUUUUCUAGUCCAUAUGCUUGCUAAAGCAGGGUUGUAGACCUGUGUGUUCUAAUAUUGUCUUGGCCAGUGAGAUUUUAUAUGUUCUAAAACAAUUAGGCUUCCUUUUAAAGAUUAUUUCAAUGAUUACAUCUCACUGGCACAAUUAGGCUUCCUUUUAAAGAUUAUUUCAAUGAUUACAUCUCACUGGCAGGAGGAUUUAUGUGAUAUUUAGUAGCUCUUUUUUGUAACUUCAUGCCGGUAUUCCAAGCCAUGUUUUGUGCCAUUUUACAUAUUUUUCAUAGUCUUUGUAAUUCGGAACCUGCAUGAACACACUGGUUCCAUCUGUAUAUUUUCAUUCCUUUCUGCUUUCUACAAGCUAUUUUUUUAGUCUGUUUUUUUUCACAACAUUUUCUUUUUCAUCCUUUCCGGCCAGUUCUCCAAAUAUUGGUGUCCAUACCACCAUUCCAUAUGCAUGAUUUAUUGGACUUAGUCUGAGGGUCAUCUCUUAGGUGUGGUUGUUAUUUGGUUGGGUUUAUCCUCUGUAAAACGAUGCUUUUGUGUAGGAAGACCAAGCUUUUGAUGUCUGACAAACUUCAGUCGUAUUUCUUUAUUUAUGACAACUCCUUUAAAUAACAUUUGAGCAUCACUGCUUUUCAAGUUUCUUCACUUUUAAUAUGUUACAAUUCUUUUGCAACUGGAGACUUAAUUCCUGUUUCAUGAUUAUCCUGGAUCUUACAAUCUUUGAACUUCUGACCUCUGAGGGUACUAAAUUAUUUUUAUUUGUUCCCCUUUUAUGUGCAGUUCUUCCUGGUUCAGUGUAAUUAGUAACUUUUGUUAGUGUGAUACAUAUGUUUAUUGAAAGUGUGAACAAAACUGGACCCAAGGCUUAUUCUUGGAAAAAAACCCAUUUUUCUGCAAUAUCAGUAUAUAGCAUUUUACCAUUACUAUAUUUCCAUAUCGAAUUUACAUGGUAAUUUUUUAAUGGUUAGCUCAUAUAAUUUUUUGUGUAUGUUAUCCUGUGCUAAUGAUUUUGAUUUUACUAACUAAUUUAAUGGAAGAAUUUUCAGUCCUCUAUGUUGAAUGUUGGUCUAGUAGGUUUAAAUACUUUUAAUUUACUUCACUAGACUGUUUGCUUUCAUAUAUUUGAUUCAGUUACCAAAAUGCUUGCACAGAAUGAUUUGGAGUAGCUUGGAAGAAGUUACAGAUAUAUUGUGUCACUCUUACAAAAUCCUAGUGUCUGCAUAUAUUUUUGGGCCUCAGAGAGAAAACUUCCACAUAAAAGAUUCAUUACUUUCAUCUCAUUCAUCUUUAUUUUGAUAAAAUAUGUUCUUUAGCAAGAAGCCUGUAGAACUUUAUGCCAUAUACUGUAAGCUAUUUUUUUAGGAUGUGUAUUUUCAAAUAAUGUUAUGCUAAAGCAGUCCCAUGUAAUUUGGUUGAGUAAGUGUGUGUUUUUCACCAUACAGCUUUCUGAUUAGGUCAUACAGCACUGUUUUUCAGUUGUGAAUUUAAAGUAACCAGAGGUUUAUUCUUUUGAAUAAAUGUGUGAGAGAUAAAGGAUUUAGUUAUGCCACCUUUUCAGUACGUUUGUUGGAUCACAGAUGUGUCCCUUUCCCUGCCUCCUUAGGUUUUAACUGUAAUUUUAGGGAGCAGCACUUUCUGUGAACUCCUGUGUUCUUUGAGCAGUGUGUGAUGGGCAGAAGUGUGGAAACAAACAGUUGAAAAGUGGGCAUAACUAUUGGAUAAUCAAGUCUUGGUUUUAUUAAUGUCUUUCGAGAUGUGUAUUUGGAAACAUUUGCAGGCUGUGGCUUAGCAGUGUGUUUGCAGACUGUCCCAGGUAUCCAAGAGCCUACAGCCUUGGUGCCUCUGUGAAAUACCUAGUCAACCUGAGAUGCAUUAAGGAAGAAAAUGUAGCCAUUAUGGUUGUCCUGUGCUGAAAUUUGUGGCUGUUUAGUGGAAUUUGGUUUGGACUACACUGUUAGAAAUGAAGAAGUCAGAAUAUGAUAGUUAACCUCUUCCAUGCAGUAGAUUGGUUUGUAUAAUAUGUGGCAAUCUUUGACAUGGCAAUAUGAGUUUUCUUGGGCAACUGCUGUUCAUGAGCAUUUUAGAGAUGCUCAGCAUAGUUGUUGCUAUUGAGAGGACAAAAAGAUUUCCCUGAAAAAAUGCUCAGAUGUUUCAGGAAGCUCCUUUUUUCCAUAAGAGCAUGAAGGUGUUGAGAAUAUUUUAUCUAAAUCUGAUAACGUUUAGUUGAAGAGAGUUACAAUAGGUGAAUAGUCUUGGCUCUUUCAUCAUCAGUGUCUUUAAGCUCAGAGACAAGUGGAGUUACAAAAACGAUUCACCUGUAAACUGCCAGUGAAAGCCUCUGCCACAUUCCUGCUGAGCAGCAGAGGAACUGAUGGACAGCAGUGUUGAUCCAUCCAGUUAUGUCAGGGGUGUUUUACGAAAAAUAACCCCUAUUGUAAAAGAUAAUGUUAAAUACAGCAGAGCAAAUGAACAAAAUCCUGGGGGGCAGUCAAGGCGGGGAAGGACUAGGAUGACUCUUGUGUAAAUAGUCCUUGUUCAGGCAAACACUCUUGUUUAGCUGAUGGGAAUGUUCCCAGGAGGGAGGAUGAUGGGAAAUGUGACCUUUAAAAAACAAAAGUGUCUGUGCCUGUGCUAAUGAACAUACCUGUGCAAGUUAUCUAUCCUUUUGAGCAGAUUAUCUCUCCUUUUGAUACGUGCUUUUUAUCUUCCCACUUAAAUUUUCCUUUAGGAUACAUUUUCUCAGAAUCUUAAAAUUCAUCUGCAGGGAGCUCUUAUGGUGGGAUAAAUUUUGUAAAGGACUACUAAUUUUUCUCUUGGAGUGGUUUUUUGAAGGGUGGUAGAGUUUCAGCUUCAGCCCCACCCCUCUCACCACCAAAAGGCUGAUUUGUACCUCCUUACACCCAUGUAAUUUAAUUCUAGUUUGUUAUCUCAGCCUGCCUUCUGACUUGGUUUUGCUGCUCUGUAGUCAGUUGUGAAAGCUUAUGAAUUGCUGUGUCAUUUAAGAUAUUUUUGAGAAUCUGGUUUCUGCUACAGAAGGUGUAAAUCCAGUUGAAUAGUAUAAUUUGUGUAUUUCAUCUGGUUUGUUGUCAAGAGAAACUUACUGUUAGACUACAAAAUCCGAACUAUGGGUGAACUAAAAAGGCAUUUAAUAAGAUUAUAUUCUUCUUAGCCCAACUUCUUCCUGCUUAAGUGUAGAUUGUGGUAUUGUGUGUUAGACUAGUUUUGCCCUGCUCAUGCUGCCAAGCUGUGCUGUGAUUCUGGGAGAUCACACCAGUGUUUAGUCCAUGCCCUGUGCAUGUGUUUCUAAGCUGCUCAAAGCCUUGUGUUGACAAUGGUCCUCCAUGCCAGUCUUCUUCAAUUCCUCCAAGUUUGAAUUGCAGGCUUCCAAAAUUACUUCUUGGCUAUUUUGAGUAACCCUUGGUCCUCACACCAGAGUAUUAGACCGUGGUGUUGAGACAAGAUUUAUACAGCUGGAUUUGUACUAUUCUGAAAGGGAAAGGAUAACUUACUGCCAAGCCAAAUAUUGUCAUUAUUUUUGGAUUACUUGUGAAAAGCAGCCAAAAACAUUGUAUAAGGGAUAAAUGAUGGACUUCAAGCUAAUAUUUUUCCAUUAAGAAUUUAUUUUUUUAUGCUUCCUGUCAUCAAGAUACAGUGCUUUGGAAUGUAGCUUGUUUGCAGAUGUAUGGCUCCUAGAAUUGUUUCCUUGCAGUUGGACAUUUGCAAAUGUGCAUCAGUUUUGAAAACUGUCUCGUACGUGUUAGCACUUCUUUUGGAAAUGCGAAGUGAGCAUGUUAGCUACUGAUUUCUUGUACCUUUAUAGUCCAAGCAGACUGAAAAGCAGUUCUUGUGCUAUGCUUUCCUUGAAUAGUGCAUCUGAAAAAACUUGUGGAACGAACUCCAUGAUGAGAUGACUUUUGUUGCUGUAAGGUUCUCUGUUGACAUUUGUCAGCUUGGCUUUGUAUUUUGCAUCAUUAUCUUCAGUUGACUGUCAGGUUAAAAAAGACAAAUUUCUUUGCCAUAUGGACUGUAGCUUGGAUUUUGUUGUUGUUGUUGCUUAUAUUAAUCCAUUUUUUUUCUUUUCUACUAGAACUUAGAGAUACCUGACAGCUUUCUUUAGGAGAAGUUACUGCAGGUGGUAACCACUAACACAUUAGUAAUUACAGUGGCUUCCCUUCUUUUUUGGGUCACUUCCAUGGCAGAUUGUUGAUAUGAAAAGGCUACUGUGGCUGAUGUACAAACAGCUAAAGGAAAUUAAGAUUCCCCUUCAGAAUUAUGCUGAGGUUAUGAUUUUAUACACCAAUUUUGAGUGACUACUUUGAAACAAUGUUGGGCUUCAAGUGUCUUGCAGAAUUUUGGAUCAAAUGAGAAAUACCUACUUGUUGAGUAAUAGUCUGCUUGUCAGUUUUUUGUGUAUGGCUCAGUACAAGGCCGUGUCAGAAUUGCAGUACCACCAAAAUUACCUUGUUUAAAUGCAACUGUUGUACAAAAGUGAAUGUUAUUUUGAGUGAGAAAUUCUGUUUCCUAAUUUAUGAAGGAAAUAGUUUUCUUGGGAGUAGACAUCUGUAUAUGUAAUAUAUUUCAUGAUUUUGAAAAGGCUUAUUAAUCAUGGGACAUGAGAAAAAAUGAAAGUGAUUCAUUUUCCAAAGAUUUGUUUAGUGUUUAUUAUUACAAGUAUGAAUUUUUGCUUUAAAUGGAAAUGCUUCUUCAAAAACUUAGUAUUAAACUUCUUACUAAAACUCAGUAGUUUAAAAUGCUGGAUAAAUAUCUAAAGUGGCAAAGAUAGAAAAUUCAGAGGGAGAUUAUUUUGAAAUAUGCCAGUGUAAUUUUGAGCUUCUCAAGUGCAGCCCUGAAUUUUCUCUUUUUCACUGCAAUUCAUAUUUUGUGAAACUUCUUCGAUAGGUUACAUUUAAAGCUACAUUCACUUGCCUGAAUAAGUCAAAUAAAUAUUUUGUCAUUUAAAAUUAUAUAGAUCUGCUUAUGUUAGUGUGCCAUUUAAAAUGAGACCCCAUUGAGGUAACCAUGCAGGUAUUUGUGUUGGUAUGACAGUAGUGAAGUGGGGUAUCUGUGUACUGUACCUGCAUUCUGUGCUGAGCAAAAUCACACGGACUUCCAGAAAUAAGCAAUGGUUUUUAAGAGCAGCUUUAUUUAAUGUUGCAGCAGCAAGUGUCAUUUGUACCAUAUAAUUAUGUAAAUUGGGUGCUAAUAAAUACUAUUUUUCAACA